AUGGCAAAGCCAUCGUUGUACCGACUUAACCGCACUGCGAAAGAGGUGUCAGUGGACAAAAAGACCAAGAAAGAAAUCGCCAAGAGCUCUGGAAAACCAGCAUCAAAACCUGUAAAGGUGAUACCUAAGGUCGGUGCUAGCGCGCUAGAUAACGAACAUAUCACCGUAAGCGAGGGCACAGUAAGGAAAGCAGUGACAGCAUUGCAAGCUCGCGCUAAGGCCGAACGCGAGAGUCGGACACUUGAUUUACUGGAUGAUCCUUCAAGGUCGUAUAUAUUCUUGCAAGUGUUCGUACACAAGGUGUUUACCGAAGCUCAUGUAAGACCCCUACAGAUCAAAUUGAAGAAUCCAAUUUACAAAGGAAAGGAGGUAUGCCUGUUCGUUAAGGACCCUCAGAAACACUGGAAAAAAGUAAUACGCGAACUCAACAUACACGAGAUUCAGAAAGUAAUCAGUGUUGAAAAAUUAAAGAAAAAAUACAAAGAAUAUAAAGAUAGAAGACUGCUCGUCAAUAGCUUCGACCUAUUUCUUAGCGACAGAGCGGUAGCUCCGUCGCUACCUUCUCUACUGGGAAAAAUAUUUAUGGAAAAGAAAAAAUUGCCAAUAUCAUUAACCCUAGGUCGCGUGGGUAUGAAAAAUCGCAUAGAAGAGGCAAUCAAUUCAACUUUCUAUCGAGUAUCAACUGGUAACUGUAGCGCUGUUAAGGUCGCAAUUGCAUCAAUGACAGUGGAACAGAUCGUCGAGAAUGUAUUGCAUGCCAUCGAUAUGAUCAAAAAUUUCCACAAAACCGAUAAAAAUUUCAAAUCUAAAAUAUCUGCUAUAUAUUUGAAUUGGGAAGGAGCAGCAUCAUUGUGUCUAUACAGCGAGGAAUUGGAAGCCGUGGAGGACAUAAUAGGAACAAUGUCGGAGUCAAAAACGGAAUAA